CCGGAUUUUUCAGGCUCCUUCUCAAGGAGCAAGCGCGUCUCAACAGCAGCAGUUUGAUUGGCUGAGCUGCACAGGGAUCUAGGCCUGGAGGUCAGCUUUAGCUCCCAAAUUUUUGCAGCUGCCGGGCAGUGACUCGGCUGCGGUCACUCAUCGCCUAGGUCGCCGAGCCCAGCGAGGACGGGCAGGGCGGCUUCAGCUUCAGUCGCACCUGGUUCCAUCGCACCCAGAGCCACAACCUCAAUCGAGCAUGUUCUCCAGGGCCCAGGUGAGGCGAGUUCUGCAGUGGGUGCCCGGGAAGGAGCGACUCGGCCUCUACAGGUUCCUGCCCUUCUUUUUUAUCCUGGGAGGAACAAUGGAGUGGAUCAUGAUUAACGUGCGCGUGGGCCAGGAGACCUUCUAUGAUGUCUACCGAAGAAAAGCCUCAGAGAGACAGUAUCAGAAAGGCCUGGAUGACACAUCUGAGACUGAACUUCAACAAUCAAUAAAAUGAAUAUGAAUUUUCA